GAGGCGGACAGACAGACAGACAGACAGAGAGAGAGAGAGAGACAGAUUGCCGAUGCGCGUCCCCAGCGCUGCUCUCGGGUUUUUCUCUCUCUGUUUUUGCUCUGGUUUGAAUUUUUCUCUGUAAUUUACACCGCGUUUCCUCCGCCGCAGGCCAGAGAGAGAGAGAGAGAGAGAGAGAAGGAGAGAGAGGGAGGAAGGAGAGAGAGGGAGAGAGAGAGGGAAGGAGCGGAUGGCGGGCUGGAAGGACGGUGCGGUGCAGGAGAAGUACCGGCUGGUGGUGGUGGGAGGAGGCGGUGUGGGAAAAUCCGCAUUAACCAUCCAGUUCAUUCAGUCCUACUUUGUCACUGAUUAUGAUCCCACAAUCGAGGACUCGUACACCAAGCAGUGUGUGAUCGAUGAGAGACCUGCACGGCUUGACAUAUUGGACACGGCGGGACAGGAAGAGUUCGGGGCGAUGAGAGAACAGUACAUGAGGACAGGAGAGGGAUUCCUACUCGUCUUCUCUGUCACUGACCGGGGCAGCUUUGAGGAAAUCUACAAAUUCCAAAGACAGAUUCUGAGGGUGAAAGACCGGGAUGAGUUUCCCAUGAUCCUCGUGGGCAACAAGGCUGAUCUAGAACUGCAGCGACAGGUGAGUCAGGAGGAGGGUCAGCAACUUGCUCGGCAACUCAAAGUCACCUACAUGGAGGCUUCAGCUAAAAUCCGCAUGAAUGUAGACCAGGCUUUCCACGAGCUCGUCCGCGUCAUCAGAAAGUUCCAGGAGCAGGAGUGCCCGCCCUCACCGGAGCCGACACGUAAAGAAAAGGACAAGAGCGGCUGCCACUGCGUAAUCGUCUGAUUGGUCCGUCACAUCACCACUCAUCCAGCUGCUAUCACCAAACCCCGCCCCUCCACCCUGCCUUCUGACAUCACAUCCUGUGUGGAUGAAUCACUGCCUUUCUCACAUGUGCAUGUCUUCAAAAGAAAGUAAACAAACACAGUAACUCUGUGUCCCGACGUUAUCAGGCUCACGGCAGCCUCCGAGACGUUACGGCUGAAAGAACCAAACCAUGAUGGAGCUCUGACGGAGCGUCUCACCUUCGUGUCACCGGGCUGACGUCACCACACCGAUCGACAGUAAUCUCACCAUCGUGUCUCAACCCAACACUACACACCGCAUUUACUGAACACGAACACUGUUUGUUUUAUUUGGGAGGUUUUUGUUGCCUUACAGGGACCGAAACAUCAUGAAUAGACAACACAGGAACAGCAAUGAGGAGGCUUCGUGUUUCUGAAGAUUAUUUUGUGUUUUGUGCCACAUUUGUCUUCUUUCUUGUGCCAAUCAACUGCUGUACAUCAGCUAACGAGUCUUUAUCAUAAUGGCGUUCUGCAGAGACGGAGUGAAGCUGCUGAACACCAGAGAGAGAUGAGUUUAUAGAGACAGGACAAAAGCUCAGGACACCGCUGAGAGACGCUCUGCUCCAGUCAGUGUUCGGUCACUCUGUCACUCCUUCACUGUCAGUCCAUCACUUCUUCACUCUCACUCCUUAACUCCAUCACUCUGUCAUUCAAUCACUCUGUUACCAUCACUCCUUCACUUUCACUCCUUCACUAUCGCUCCUUCACUCUCACUCCUUCACUCUAUCACGCCUUCACUCUCUGUCCGUCACCUCUUCACUCCUUCACUCUGUUAUGUCGGGUCUUUGGUGAACGUGUGAUUGUGAUGUGUGCGUUUGCUGUGUAAGCGAGUGUAUUUCUCCAUGUGGACGGCACUUCCUGCUCUUAGCUCUGAGGUUGUUUGUUCUCUUGCUGUGUUCUGACUCUCAGGUUCUCCUCUUCACUCUUCUGAUCUACUCACCGUUCCUUGACAGCAGCUCAAACUCCCGGUGCCUCCACACGGACCGUCGCUGACAAAUUAUUCACCACGAGUCAAUAAACUGGUCAUCUUUCUGGCCUUCAUGUUUAAGCGAACGUGUUUGGUUUGUAUUUGGAUCGGAUUGUGGUUUUGUGUUUUUGUUCUGCUGGUAAUCCUGAACCCGGUUCUUCACUGCAGCGCUGUGCAAAAGUCUCACGCUGGAUUUUUACACAAACGUCAUGUCUGUGCCUGUGUGUUAGUGUGGAAGUGGAUUUAUCCUCAUUUCAAAACAUUUGUUUGAUUAAACUUUAAAAUGUUAUUCAGAUUGUUUUACUCGGUCACACUGUACGAUAAAGUUCAGCAUGUGAUCAGAGAAAACCAGAACUCUGCAGCAGAGGCGUGAAGGUUCUCCUCAAACUUACAGAUGAUUUUCUUAUAAAACUCUGAGAACUGAAGCAGCUUUAAACUCUCACAAUGAAUCCCAACCUGCUUUUGUUUAAAGUCUUUGUUUCAUUUCUGUGGUUAAUUUUGUCGGAAUCUUCACUUUACAGAACCUGUUUGGACUUUUGCACAGUUCUGUAGGUUAAUGGUGGGAGAUGUUUCAGCUGUCGUGUGUGUGUGUGUGUGUGUGUGUGUUCUGGCAGUUCGGUGAGUUUAGGAUUCAGUUUUGUUUUGUUUCUGACUGAAUCCGUCCUCACACGCUGCCGUGUGUGUUUUCUUCUCGAGGUUUGUGUCACUGCUCCUCCGUCUCAUGUUUUUAUUUCUCUUUUAUUGUCUUCCUGUUAGCGCUCACGUGUUUCUGUAUGAGGGAUAAAACUCUGAGUUUCUGUUUUCUCACACUGUAAUAUAAGAUAUUAAAAAAGAUGGAAGCGAUCCUCUGAACAACAUGAUUAAAUGUUUUUACUAUAUACUUUUAUACGUUAUUUUCUUAUCGGAUGAGUUACUGAGUAUUUUUAUAUGUUUGUAAGUGAAGCUUGCUCUCGUGGAAAGGGUGCCACUGUGUGUAUAUGUAAAGAGGAGUAUUUAAUGAUCUCAGUUUAUAAUAAAUAUCACAGAGCAGAUUAUUGCAGGCGUUAAUGUUAUUAGCGGCAGAUUAUUAUUCAGUGCAGGCGGGAAGAUUUACUUGCUUUCAGUCUGAAUGUUAACCCUCAGGCACGCCCCAUGAUGCUCUGUGUCUGGUGGUGAUGAACCUGAUCCUCGCGUGAUGCCUACAGAGUCUUGAGAUCAGGAAGCUGAAGAUGAAGCUGAUCACUAGUUUGUUUGUUUGUUUUUUGUGAUGUGAUGGGAAUAAGAGCUCAGGAUGGAGAUAAAGAUUGAACCCAGUAGAAAACAAAGUUUCUUUUUGGUCUAGAACUUUGUGCAUCCAUAAUGUGUGUUCUUGCUCCCAUCUUUUCCCUGUACAGCUCCUGGUGCUAUAAUAAUAAUAAUAAUAAUAAUAAAAUAAUAAUAAUAAUAAAAUUUGUGAUUAAACCGAGUGUCUUAUAAAAUGCUUUGCCUAGAACUCAGGAGAAAAAAAUCUGUUUGAAUAAAAAUUGAUUUCCUAUUUGCCUUCAGGAAUACAGGAUGAAAUGACAAAACCACAGAUUUCUUUUGAUAUGGAGAGGAAUAUUAUUUACAGGUCUGUGUGUGUGUGUGUGUGUGUGUGUGUGCUUCUCGUGUCGCAGUGCUGAAACUCAUAAAUCAGCUUAAGAUCGGGCGUAUAAAAUCCUCUUGUCCUUGAUUGUUCAUCGUCUCUGUCCUCCACAUUGAGCCUCUGCAAUCAGACUGAAAUCAUCAGAGUUAAAUAACAAACAUAAACCUGAUCCCAGGUCAUUAACACACUCGAGUGAACAAGCUGGAAGCUGUGUAUGGAUGUGAACCUGAACACUUGCAGGUGCUCCAUCAGUCUGAACAGUGGCCUGUGAUUAACCUUCACUGAGUGACUUCUGACCUUUACAUGUGUUUAUGUUGAUGUGAAUGCAGCAGAUUUUUCACCAAGCUGAAGAAACCAGAAGCUAAACGUCUAAAUGUUACAGAUUCCAGCGUGCAGACUUUUGGAUGAGCUGCUCUGAGCCAAUCAGAUUGCACUGUUUAAGCUCCUGAAGCUUGUGGUCAGAAAAGUGCACAUAAGAUAUGAUCCACUCUGUGGCUUGUGGGUGGAGCCUUCAGACUGCAGUAUGAUGUCACAACAUGAAAUCACUACAGAGGCAUUGUUUAAUAAACUACAGAAACAUUCAGUAUAAAUAUGUUUCAGGAAAAAAGUCUACUGUUCUACAUUUCUGUUUUCAUAAAUUAAAAAAGCAUCGCUCCUGAUUUCUGUGUUUUUAUUGGAUUUGUUGUAUCUCAGGUGACGUGCUGAACAUGGACGAGUUUUAUUCUGACAUCAUCGUGUAC